AUGGUUGGUUUUGCAGCUGGGCUCUUCUUUCGCUCUUUAAACCCAGAUCAAGAAACUAUCAGUCUUAUAGGAUUUCCAGGAAGACUUGUGAUACGUUGUUUCAUCCUCUUAAUUGUGCCCCUUCUUGUAUGCAGCGUGAUCUUGGGAGUUUCUUCUUUUGGAAAAGGGGGUGGUGCUAGUCGUAUAGUAAUUUUUACAGUUAGCUUUUUUAUUGGGCUUGCAGUGGUGUGUUCAGUAUUAGGAACUAUUCUGGGUUAUAUCAUUCAGCCUGGCAGCGUAAUUGCAAAGUCAAAAAACGAGACUUCCUCCCAGUUUCAAUCAACCAAUGAAAAUCAGAUACUGGAUUCAAUUCUAGAUGUUUUUAGGAACGCUAUGCCAGAUAAUAUCGUGGAAGCGACUUUUGUGCGAGAAGUCACGGUAACAAAGCCUAAAGAAGCACCCCAGAGCCUUUUGAAUAGCUCUACAGAGAUGAAUUCCACUAAUAACACUUCUGAAUACGUGAAAGAAGUGAUAAUGCGAGAAGAAGUCAACUAUAUAGGACUUCUGGUGUUUAGCAUUCUCUUCGGUUGUGUCUUAUCUUCCCUUGGGGAUAAAGCGUCUACCCUGAAAAAAGUUAUUGAAGAAAUAAAUGAAGUCAUCAUGCAAAUAUUGAACGUUUUACUGUGCGCUCCUGCUCUUCCUAUGAGCAUCCGGAUAAUGGAAGAGAAGAUAAAGAUUCACCCAUCUGUCACUCGUUCUGUCUUACCUCUCGGGAUGAUGGUACACAAGAACGGACUUUCCAUAGACUUACCGAUCAAAGUGUUGUUCUUGACACAGAUUCUGGGCUUAGAACUUGGCUUUGAUAAGUUAGUUCUGAUGAACUUCGUUGUGUUUUUGUUGACCAUAGCAUCUCCAACGGUUUCCAUUGGGCCAUAUCCAGCAUUUCUUGUAACAACGCUUUCUCUUCUGGGAAUACCAACUCCACCUUCUAUUUCCCUGAUUGUAGCUUUUGAAUGGAUGAU